AUGCCAUCUCUUCCUCCUGGCUCGAGACGUGAGAAAUUGGACGAUUACUCAAAGACAUGGGCCGGAGUAUCUUGGAAAGAACUCAAGAUCAGAUCUCUGGAUGGCACGAAGCUCUCCGUGGCUGUCGCAAGACCGGAAGACUCAUUUGUUGCUGCGCAUGUCAAACGUAAGAAAGUCAUUGUGCUAUACUUCCAAGGUAAUGGCGCAUCUACCCCUCCUCGGACACCAAUGCUCUCAAACAUUCUGAGAGCUGCAGCAAAAGACUCUCCAUAUGACUGGACGUUGCUCGCACUGUCUUAUCGCGGAUACUGGACUUCCUCUGGGCGUGCCCACCAAAGAGGCAUCGAAAAGGAUGCACAAGCUUUUGUGACCUGGGCAAUUCAGACAUAUGGUCAGGAUGCAGAGAAUACCGAGCUGAUCCUCUGGGGUCAAAGUAUUGGAUCUGGAGUCGCUGCAUACGCUGCGUCGAAACACCUAGAGUCAACACAGACUACAGGUGUUGCUCGUAUCUCCCGAGUGGUCCUGGAAACUCCGUUUGUCAGCAUCAAGAGUAUGCUUGCAGCCAUUUAUCCGGACUGGUGGGUUCCGUACAAGCACCUCUGGCCAUUCCUUCGCAGUUGGUGGGAUAGUGAGGAAGCUCUGCGUAAGAUUGCUGAAUCACCUUUUCCACCAAGAGUCUUGAUGCUAGUCGCCUCCGGAGAUGAGAUCGUCCCACGGAUCCAGGCUGACCAGUUGGAAACGCAUUGCAAGGACCUGCGACUAGAUGUCACUAGGAAAGAUGUUCUGGGUGCAUUGCACACUCAGGCAAGUACUCUCGAGCAAGGCAAGAGAGUUGUCUCCAACUGGAUGGCAGACCGCAAAGUUGACUGA